UGAUUUUUAAUUUUAUGCAAUUAUUGUAAUUUUGUAAAUAAAAAUAAUUAUAAUAAUGUAUAAAUUUGCUUAGUUUUUAAAACAAGUAUUUUUUAAUUUAAUCAUUUUAUUUAUAUUCGAUUGUUUUUUAUUUAUCUUCAACAUAAUAAUUAUAUUAUACAAAUGUGGAUAUCAUAUUCAAUAGUAAUUUUAUUAAUAGUGUCGUUGUUUGAGAUCCCAGUGUCGACACUUGACUUUUGUGAGACUUAUUUAGAAAACGGUCAGCAAAUUCACUACGGAUUUAGACGACUAAAACUGGAUGAAAGGGAUUCAGUUUAUUACAUGUUUAUUGGCACCCAUUACUGGGACCUGGAGUUUGACAACAAUAUCGAUCACACACUUAAAUCGGUUAGUUUGUGGCGCACAGAGAGCAGACAAUCUCAGCACUGGUACGGAAGUCAUUAUUCAAUGGCUCUGUGUUUGUGGCGACCAAUAGAACAGUACUGUGUUUUUGGACUCAUAAAUAGUAAUAAAACGCUAAUAGACUUCAGGGUACGUGUGCCACAUGCACAACAUGAUCGUAGGGUCAAAGGUUACGACAAGAUAGCCGAAACCAGUAUCGAGUUUAACGAUAAUUUUGAUCCGUCGAUAGUAUUUGUGCCAAACGGUGGACAGUUUACAGGAAAAUAUGCAGUUUUUGUUGAACAAAAAAGUGUCAGUUUUAAUCAUUUUGUAACAAACACUCGGUUGUAUGAGUUUGACGACAAUUUUAAGGGCCGUUAUGUCGUAUGUAACCUAACCUAUUGCGAUGAUAUCUAUCCAAAAGUACUCACAGAAUUAGACCAAAAUCUGGUACUGUUGUCUGUUUGGGGUCAGGAAGGGUUGGCUAGAAAUAAAAACUUAACACUUGGAUAUAUUAAUGGAUUAAUGUUAGUCUUCAAGUUUGACAAAAUUAUCAAAUAUUGUUGGACACCCGACACCAAACUAAGUGAUAAUUGCAAAACUGCAAAUUUAAAGACAUUGAUUGACUGUACCAAUACUACAGUCAAUAUUAUAACAACAACACCCGAAACCCAACAACACCAACAUAUAUAUAUCAACGACACGGACAUUGAAUUGUUAGAAAACUUUCCUAACUUUUCCGAAGACGUUGUUACCACCGAUCCACUAGUAAUUAAUGAUGAUAUAACUGCCCAACCAUUAGGAAGUGAUGAUAGUUAUAAUAAACACGACAACACCGUUGCCAGUAAAGCCUGGAUUUAUGCUAUCGUUGGCAUCACUGCACUGGUAGUCUCCUUAUUAAUAGGUGCAGUAAUUUAUAAGGCCAUCAAAUACAAAAUUAACAAAAACAACGGUGAUAUCGAUCUGGAAGUACUGGAAGAUCAACUGUCAGAAGUGGUAGCCGAAGGUCAGACUAAUGACAAUUGUGCCGAAAAUCCCAAAUAAUAAUAAUAAAUAUAUUUUGUGACACUUAGAGACUUAGAGACAUUAAUUUUGU